CGAUACCUCAUAACGGAACGAACCGAUAACCAAACGGACAUCCACAUCCAUCACUGCGCUGCGCCAUCGCCAUCAUCGGUCGAAGAUGGAGGCUGCCGAAUCUGACGCCGGUGCUAAAACUCAUUUGGAGAAUGCUCUUACAGAAGAUGAAAUCGCCAAUUUACCUCAAGUUAUUGCGGGGAAAAUCAACGCAUAUAUCGACAAACAGUUUGAAGAAUAUUUAACAGCUAAAGCACUUCAUGAAACUAACAAGUCACAGAUUGGGGAUAAAGUUUCAACAUUAGAAGCGCAAGUUCUUGAAUUAACGGCUAAAUAUGACGAUGCAGUAAAGAAGUUGUCUACAUCAGAUGAAACUAUAACUGAACUGACACAUCAAGUAGAAUCAUUGAACACGGAAUUGGAAAAAGCUCGUGAUAAAAUAACCCGCUUAGAAAAUGAUAUUAUUUCUUUCAAAAGUUCAAGGGAUGCUGCUGUUGAUGAAAGAAAUGACUUGACUAGAAUAUUGCAGAGGCGAGAUGCCGAAAUUGAAAGAUUAACUUCUAGUGAAGCUGCACUAUCUCAACAACUUCGUGCAGCUAUAGAUGCCAAAUGUGAAGCUCUGGCAUUAAAUGAUGAAAUACAGAGCAAGGAGCUUUCACUACAAUAUCGUGAAAAACGUAUAGAACAAGAAAGAACAUUACUUAAUUCCCAAAUAGCUGGCUUAACAGAGGAAGUAAAUCGUUUAACUUCAGAGCUACAAACUGUAAGGUUAAAUAACACCAGCCGUUCUGUGAACUUAGAAACACAGUUAGCUGAAAAAGUUGAGGAGUUAAAUGCUGCAAAUGAAACUAUAACUCAGCUGAACGAAGUUAAAAAGAGCCUAAACAAUAGAGCUGAAAAUCUAACACAGCGCUUGAUGGAACAGAGAGAAAUAGAAAACAAAAUGUCAGAAAACUAUAAAAAAGAAUUAGAAGCAAAAACGAAAUUGGCAGACUUGUUUAAAACAAUGCAUGAUGAUGCUGAGGCUAAAACCAUGGAGUUGACUGAGGGCAUUACAGAACUACAGAAGUUACUAAAUGAAGCAACAGAGAAGUACGGCGAAUUAGAGACAAAGUAUAAACAAGCUGAUUUGGAUCAUGAAGAGAUGAUGGAAAAGAAAAAUGAAAUUAUUAGUUCCUUGAAGAAUGAAUUAGAACAUGCAAAUGAUCUAUUGAAAGCGGCUAAUGCUCAAAAUCUUGAUAUGGCUUUAAGUGAUUUAGCACCUUCAGCAGCAACAGCAAGUAAACUCUUGAAGUCUGGUAUGUCUCUCACACAAAUAUACUCUCAACUAGUUAAAGUAACUGAUGAACUGGCUCAAGAGAAGGAAGAAAAUAGAAGACUUAAUGUAACAAUUAAUACCAUUGUUCAAGAGUUGGAAGAAAAGGCACCUCUGCUACAAAAACAAAAAAUUGAGUUUGAGGAAGCUAUAGAAAGCAAUACUGCAUUAUCCCAGCAAAUUGAUUCAUUAGUAAUUGAAUGUAAUAGACUUCGAGAUGAUUACAGUGAGUCAUCUAAAAUAGCUAAUCACUACAGUCGUGAAAAUUCUAAACUCAAAGGAGAGCUAGCUGACUUGGGCAGACAGGUUUGCUUCUUACUAAAGGAAAUUGAACAUAGUCGUGGCGGUUUAUUACCGAAUGGUGAUCACGAUUCUUCACAAACUGCUUCCAAUACAACAAAUUCGUCUGAAUUAAGUUCAUCUAGAAUUAUCUCUAAAACUUUAGUAACAUUCAGUGACAUACAAGAAUUACAAUCUAAUAAUCAAAAGCUUUUACGAAUGAUUCGUGAAAUGACAGAUAAGCAAGAAGAAUUUGAACGCCAUAAGGAACAAUUUGAAAGUGGUGAAAUGCAGAAUAAAAUAGAAUCAUUGAAAAAUAGAGUAGUUGAAUUGACUGAAGCUCAAGAACGUCAAACUAAAAUGGUAAAUGGACUUAUAAGGCAAAGAGAUAUGUUCAAAAAGCUUUACCAUGAUCACAUGAAAGGUAAACGCCAUGAAUUGUCUGCAUCAGAGAUAUCAGAAUUAGAAAAGAGUGGCAUCUAUUCAAUGGAGUCCACACCUGAAAACGAAACUAAACACCCCAACGUAGAGGUUUCUUCGUUUGAAAUAAAAUAUAGAGAAACCGAGAAACAAUUAGAGAUGCUGAAGGAAGAAUAUAAAACAUACAAAGAAGAAAAGGUCACCAACGAAAGAAUGUUAUUUGAACAAAUUGAUAAUAUGAGACAAGAGAUAGGAAAACUUACAGCCACAAACAGCAAAUGUGCUUCAACUUCAGAGUAUAAUAACGAGAGACUCAAAAUUUUGCAAACGAAUAUCACUACUUAUAAGAAACAAAUUACUUCAUUAGAAGAAAAAAACAAAGCAUACAAUGCAACAAUUGCCAAGCACGAAGUUUCUUUACAACACUUGAGGGAUGAAGCUCUGAAUGCUCAGAGUAAACUUGCUGCUGCUGAGAUACAACUUGAAAAUUUAAAACUUGAGCUUAAACUACUUAAAGAUUCUGAGUUACGUAUUCAAACAGAGAAAGAAAUGUUAAACAGAGAACGGCAAGGUCAAUCAUUACUGUUGAAGAAUUUGGAAUUAAUAAAAGCUAGUUUAGAGCGCGUUGAAGCUGAAAAUCGAGCAAAAAUAGAAACAAGGCUAGAUGAAGCUACUAGAGAAUGUUCGGCUUUAAGGAGAAGACUUCAGGAAGAACAGGAUCGGUUUAGAGAGCUGGCAUCACAUCUCGAAAGACAGACAAAUACCGCAAAGGAAAGAAUGCAAGAAGAAAAGGAUGCAGCUGAUGCAUUAAGAAAAGAAAUAACAGAAAUGAGACAAGAUUUGUUGGAAAAGAGCAAGGCUAAUGAAGAGUUAACAAAAAAACUCAAAGUUGCACUUUCUCCAAACACAGAUGGCUCAUAUGAUACUGUUAAAAAAAUAAGAGAUCUGGAGAAUAAAUUGUCCGAUAAACAAGAAGAAGUGAAAUCUCUUCAAGAGCAACUAAAUGUAGCUAAGGAACAUAUAAAACAAUACUGCGACAUUUCAGAGAGUGCUGAGAAGGAAUUAAAGGCUCUAAACACUGAAUAUGAGGCAUAUAAAACAGAAACUGAAGCAAAAUUAUCUGACUACAGUACUAAACUUCAGAAUUUGGAAGACAAAUGUUCUGAAUUAGAGGCAGAAUUAUCAUUGCAUGCUAAUGGAGAACACUCUUCUAGUAACAGUACACUCAAGAAUGAAUUAGCCGCAAUCAAAGAAGAAUUAACUAAUGCUUUGAAUACCGCUAAUGGAUACCGUAUGGAACUUGAAUCUGCUCGUGCUGAUAUAACUAAGUUGUCAGAAGCCGUUCAGAAUGCAGAGGAAAAAUAUACCCAUGAAAUGAUUCUACAUUCCAGUGAUAUACAAGUUUUGUCACACAUGAAAGAAGAAUUAUUAAAAGCCCAAAAUCAAAUCAAUGAAUUAACCGCCUUAAAACUGCGUGCAGUUGAAGAUUUAGAAACUGAAAAGAAAUCAUGGGAAGAUAGACAAAAAAUACUUAUCAGUGAAAACAGUCAGCUGACUGAACGUCUGAAAGACCUAAAUGAUCAAAAUACAUUAUUGCAUGACCAAAUACAAGCUUUGGGGACACAGUUAUCAGUCACUCACGCAUCUCGGUCACAUACAGACAGCUUAAAUGAAUCUGCAAAUGAUUCCAAUGUUAAUAUAUCAGUUAGUGAAGAAGAUGGAAAAUCAUCAGAACAAUUAUUCCAAAUUGUUAAGUUGAGGAAAGAAAAAGACAUCGCCAUGGCUAAAUUCGAUAUUCUACAAGCUGAAACUAUGCGACUUAAGUCACAGUUAGAAAUAGCUGAAAAACAGCUUGAUGAGACAAAGUUAACUCUGGCAGCAGAAAGAGAAAAGUCCGAAGUGAGUAUGGUGACGGUGACUAGACAGUCAGAUAUACUGAGAAAAGUUGAAACAUUAAAUGCUUUAACAGAUAGUAACAGAAUUUUACGAGAAGAGCGAGAUGCAUUAUCUUCUCGGGUCGAAGAACUUACUGCUACAGCAAAGACAAUGGAAGCUCAAUUAGCGCCGCUACAAGAUAAAAUUUCUGACAUUACAUCGAAAAAUGAAACUCUGCAGUCAGAAAAUAAUGCGUUGAAGGCAGAUUGCGCUAGAUGGAGAACAAGAGUGAAUGCUUUAGUUGAACGUGCUAACAAAACCAGCCCUGAAGACUGGAAACGGCUACAAAACGAGAGGGAAACUCUCGCCAAAAUGUUAACAAAUGAAAAAGAAAAUGUUAGAAAAGUUAACGAAGAACUAAGUUCAUUAAAGGUAGAGAAGAUUAAAAUAGAAGAACAAUAUUCCUUGUUAUCGAGACAACAUAACGCUUUAGCGGAGGAAAAUAAGAAACUUAGUGAGGAGUUGCUCACUCUUAAGGAAGAUAUGACACGGGUUACUGAAGAGAUUACAAAACUUAAAGCAGAUCAAUCUUCAAUAGUUGCUUCAAAUGCGAAAUUAACAGAUGAACUAUCUAACAAAGAUGCAUCGUUGACGGAUAUUAGAAAUAAAGAAAACCAAAUAAGGAAAAUUGCUAAAAAGUACAAAGCUCAAUAUGAAGAGUUAGUGAAAACGGUAGAAGAAGAAAAGAAAAAGAGUGAGGGUGAUGUUGCAGCUGCUGAUGCUGCAAUCACCGAAUGUAACAAGAAGUUUGAGGAACAAAUAGCUGAGCUUCAAGCUAAACUGGCCACCGAAAAAUUGAAUACAGAUAAAUUAAAACAAGAACUAGAAACACUGCGAACUGCAAAUAUGGAAAAAGAAGAAAAAUCUAAACAAGUAUUAAAACAAGCCAAGAGUAAAAUUGUUCAGUUGACAGAACUGAAAAAUACGUUAAGUCGAGAAUUAGACGAAUCUCGCAAUAAAAUAGGUGCAAUUGAGCAAAGCACACGCGAUGAACAGGAUGUAAGACUAGCUCUAAUAAAAUCUCAGUAUGAAGGACGGCUGUCGCGAUUGGAGAAAGAGCGGAGUGAAGCCCAAGCUGAAAAAGCCAGAGAGUUAGAAGCACUGCAUCAAAAAGUAACCUUGCUUCAGCGGCAGCUCGCCACUCAAUCUUCCUCUUCAAAACAGCAAACUUCUACCGAGAAAACUACUACAGAUCCACCUACGGCUAAUAUCAAACCUAUGGCUGGAGUAGCUCAACAAAGUGUGACUGCAAGUCGGCGUGGUGGUGAGACACCUUUGGCAUCAAUUCGUCCAAUGGCCCAAGUGGGACCCACAGCGCCUCACGAUGCCCAUACAACGGAGUACAUGCCAGCAUCUUCAUCACGCCCUCUCCCCAGAGCUGCACUAGCUGCAUCCACAGCGCCGCCAGAAUCCACACAGGAUAUGGAUACGAGUGAAGCUGGCAUGGGCAGCUCCGGUUCUAGUGACAACACAGCGCAACCAUCGACACAUUCACAAGCGCCUCAACAGGCUGUGGCGAUGGUUAUGCCUCGCAUUGAGCAACCCAGCGGGGCUGCAUCUGGCAGCGUGACUGGUGUAGCCACAGCGAGUUCAGCCGCGGCGUCCAGUGUGCCGACGCCUGCUGUUUCAGCGCCCCCUUUAACCGGAGCAACAGCAGGUCCUUCAACCUCGGGUCCGGUGUCACAAGCAUCGGGAAGCGUGAGCACAUCGCACGCACCUCCCGGAGUGAGCACGUCACAGGCCGUGGCCGGCGUCAGCACAUCGCACGCGCCCGCCGGCGUCAGCACUUCGCACGCGCCUCCCGGCGUCAGCACGUCACAUGGCCCGCCCGGCGUCAGCACAUCGCAUGGCCCGCCCGGCGUCAGCACGUCCCACGCGCCGCCCGGAGUCAGCACAUCUCACGCGCCUCCCGACGCGCGUCCCCCUAAGCGUCGCUUACAACAACGCCCGCUCGCUGCCAAAAGAACUAGGGUACAAGGCUUUGAACGAUCGGUCGAAGUGGAAUAUCAAGUGCCGACAUCUUCACGCUGUGAUCAAGACGACGAAGGCGUUAUAGUCGUCGACUCUGAGGAGGACGACGAGCGGUGCACUGGCACUAUGUACAGGGAGGGAGAGGAGGAGGAAGAGGACAUGGAGGAAGAGCAGGAGGUCGAGGCGGGUGAAGAGGAAGAGGAGGUUGAAGGAGAUGACACAGACAAUGCUGCCCGACAGUCAGAGUCGCCCGCGCAGUCACCGGAGGCUGGCGGCGAGGGCGAGGAGGGCGAGGCGGCGCGGGCCGAGCCCGACAGCGAGCCCGCGCCCGCCAUACAGCAGAUCGAGGCCAUCAGCAGCGGCACCGAGCAAAGCGGAGCAUUAUCUUUGGGCAACAAUGGUGAUGAUGGUGAUGACAGUAUAGUGCCAUCUACACCUACACUUUACGUUCCGAGACGAAAUGACGGGUUCGGCGAGGCGGUGGUGUCGCCGGUGGGCGCGGGCGGCGGCGCGGCGCGCUUCACGUUCGCGGAGGCGAGCGCCGCGCUGGCGCACCACGACACGCACGCCGACCUCGCCGCCGCGCUGCCGCCCGCGCCCGCGCCCGCGCAGAGUGCGGAAGGAGGCGAAACUAGAGACUGGGAGGAAUCACGAGUCGAGGAGGAAGCCACUGCAGUCAGCUCACAGGGCAGUGAACCCUCCUCCCCACACCAAGUGGCUGAAGAGGGUCGUGAGGCCGAGGCCAGCGCCCCGCCGGGCGUCGCGCGCCGCGCGCACGCGCAGCCGCACCCGCACUCGCCACACUCACCACACUCACAGAACCAGCGGUGGAUGCGGGCCGCAGACAGCGAGAGCGGAGCACGCGGCCGCGGCAUGCGAUCACGUGGCCGACCUUCCAGAAGAUCCCACAACUAUAUGAGGUUUUAGGCUCUUAUAAGUAGUUCUACGACGAUAAAUCCUAUUACAUCCAUAAUAUUAUCCUUUACCUAGUUAAGUGCAUAGUAGUAUUUUCCCUAAAUUAAAAAAAAAACUUUGACAUUGUUAUUCCAGAACAAGUAUCAUUUGUGAACAUAAUUUAAAUAUUCCAUAAUAAUUGUUUUCUUACUUUCAUAUAUUGUACGUUUAAGUCUAUUUGUCUAUAAAUGGUUUGACUGGUAAUGUCGUAAACAGGUAUUAAUAAUAAAGUGUCACCAGCUAUAUUAGUUUGUUCUAUCAAAUUUCUGUCAUCGGCUUACCACGAUUACUGUUAUAAAAUGAUACUUUCAUGUAAUUAAUUUGCACAUGAUUUAUUAGAUUAAAUCUAAGUGAUCUUGAAACAUAA